AUGAGCAUGAUGCUGUUUUCGGUUCUGUUGUUCUUCUGCCUGAAUUUUACGAAUGCUGCAAAGUUGGGCGUGGUGCAGACGGAGGGCGGGAAGGUGGAGGGGAAGAGUUACCGGAUGGGCCUAUUCAGGACCGUGGAAGUCUUCAAAGGCAUCCCGUUUGCUGACGUGCCGGGAAAGUGGGAGAAACCCAAACCUCACCCAGGAUGGAGCGGAAUCCUGAAGGCAACAAAGUACAGAGAUCGGUGCCUACAGGUGACACUGCUACAGACAAAAACCCAGGGCAGCGAAGACUGUCUCUACCUGAACAUCUUUGUCCCACAGGGAAGAUCAGUGUCCUCAGGCCUCCCAGUGAUGGUGUACCUGUUUGGUGGUGCGUUCCUGCUCGGGGCAUCCAACGACGUGGCGAUACUCGGAGACUCGCUGUAUGACGGCAAAGAGAUGGCCGACAGAGGGAAUGUCAUCGUGGUGACCGUCAACUACCGAGUCGGUACUCUGGGCUUUCUCAGCACAGGAGACGACCGAAUGCCAGGGAACUACGGGCUGUGGGACCAACACGCCGCCAUCUCCUGGGUCCGAAGGAACAUUCAGGCGUUCGGAGGGAGCCCUUACAACCUCACCAUCUUCGGCCAGUCAGCCGGGGCUGCCAGUGUCAGUUACCAGAUGUUGUCUCCAUACAGUAAAGGAUUAUUUCGCAGAGCGAUCACACAGUGUGGUGUUGCCCUCAGUCCCUGGGCUCUGCAGAGGAAACCCAUGGCGCUCACCAAGAAGAUUGCGCGGAAAGUGGGCUGCUCGAGAAGCAACGAGGAUGAAAUGAUUACUUGUCUGAAGAUGAGUGACCCGGUCGGCCUAACCAUGGCGGGAAAAAUCGACGUGCUGCUCCUAUUUGGAAAAGGUGUGGUGAUGGAUCUGUUGGAGCUUGGUCCGGUUAUUGAUGGAGAUUUUGUCCCGGAUGAGCCCAGUCGCCUGUUCCACAAUGCCGCUGAGUUCGAUUACCUCGCCGGGGUCAACAGCAUGGACGGACACAUUUUCGCUGGAGUCGACGUUCCUUCCAUUAACAUGAGGAACGCCACCACUGUAGAUGAGGUGAAGAGUGUCCUGACCGGUCUGACCAGAGACAAAGGAGCGGCCGCCGCUGCCUCGGCCUUCAGCGCCUAUUCCUCCAUUUGGGGCUCUUUUCCAGAACAGGAUGUGGUGAAGAAGACCGUGUCCGACAUCGAGACAGACUUCCUCUUUCUGGUCCCAACUCAGAUCGCCCUCCAGCUGCAUGCCAACAACUCCAGUGGCGCCCGGACCUACUCCUACCUGUUCAACAUGAAGACCCGUAUCCCAGGAUUCCCUCGCUGGGUGGAAGCAGAGCACGCCGAGGACCUGCAGUACCUGUUUGGAAAGCCGUUCUCCACGCCGCUGGUUUACUUCCCCCGACACCGUGACCUGGCCGGGUACAUGAUCGCCUACUGGACCAACUUCGCCCGGACCGGCGAUCCUAACAGUGGUGAGAGUAAAGUCCCGGUCCUCUGGCCCGCCUUCACCAAGCUUCACCGACCCUACAUGAACAUCAACCACCGGAUGAGCAAGUCGUCCGUCAGCUACGACCUGAGAUCUUUCUAUGUGGAUUAUUGGACCAAAACCUACAGCAGCCUGCCGGUUACAAGAGGAGAGGAAGCUGUGAACCAACCAUCUCUUUGAAUUAUUGCAUCAGGUAUUCACAAGUGAGAAGAAAGAACGAGGAAUAAAGUCAUUCUGGAUUUC